AGGAAGCAGGAACCGAAACGAGCACUACCCCCACCUCGGCCUCCCCGCUCACCGUGUGCGCCCCCGCUGUGUGGCCCUGUCUCCCGCUGCUGGCCAUGCCGGCUCGGAGAAGGUAAUGAGCCGCAGAGCCCCGGGGUCUCGGCUGAGCAGCAGCACCAAGCAAUACCAGCGGAGCUGGAAUGACUGGCAACCCAGAUCGGAAAGUUCUUCAGCCGACCACGACAAUUUAAAAUAUUCUGCUUCCAGAGACCGGGGCAGUACUGCCUCUUAUGGAUCACAUACUUCAGGUACAGCCAGCGUUGCUCGACAAAAGCAUGAUGAUAUCCGGGUCCAUACUGACGUGCAGAAUGAAGAGGAAGAUAAUUACAGCAUCAAUGGAGGAUCUGGAGAAAAUGCUUUUGGUCGGAAGUCGUUGGGGCAAGAGCUGAGGGUUAACAAUGUGAGUCCUGAUUUCACCACUGUCCAGCAUGGAAACCGUGCUUUAGGAUCUAAAGAUAUGAGGAAAUCCCAGGAGCGUUCGCUGUCUUAUUCUGAUGAGUCCCGACUGUCGAAUCUUCUUCGGAGGAUUACCCGGGAAGACGACAGGGACCGAAGACUAGCAACCGUUAAGCAACUGAAAGAAUUUAUUCAGCAGCCAGAAAACAAAAUGGUGCUGGUUAAGCAACUUGACAAUAUCCUGACGGCUAUUAAUGAUGUGCUCAAUGAAAGUAGCAAGCUGCUUCAGGAAUUGAGACAAGAGGGGGCGCAGUGCCUCGGCCUGCUCUGCGCUUCCCUGAGCUAUGAAGCGGAGAAGAUCUUUAAGUGGGUUUUUAACAAAUUUAGUUCAUCGUCCAAGGAUGAAGUCAAACUUCUCUUCUUAUGUGCCACCUACAAAGCUCUGGAAACUGUGGGUGAAAAGAAGGCAUUUUCAUCAGUAAUGCAGUUGGUUAUGACCAGUCUGCAGUCUAUAUUGGAAAACGUGGAUACUCCUGAACUGCUGUGCCAAUGUGUGAAGUGCAUCUUGCUUGUGUCCCGAUGUUACCCACAUAUUUUCAGCACUAAUUUUAGGGAUACCGUUGAUAUUUUGGUUGGUUGGCACAUAGAUCAUACUCAGAAACCAUCACUAACACAGCAAGUGUCAGGGUGGCUACAAAGCUUGGAGCCCUUUUGGGUCGCAGAUCUAGCUUUCUCCACUACUCUCUUGGGACAGUUCUUGGAAGACAUGGAAGCUUAUGCAGAGGACCUGGGCAAUGUGGCCUCAGGAGAGUCAGUUGAUGAAGAUAUUCCUCCUCCAUCUGUUUCUUUACCAAAGCUGGCAGCUUUGCUUAGAGUUUUUAGUACUGUUGUACGUAGUAUUGGGGAGCGUUUCAGCCCAAUCAGAGGACCCCCCAUCACCGAAGCUUACGUUACAGAUAUCCUUUAUCGUGUAAUGAGAUGUGUGACCGCUGCCAACCAGGUGUUCUCUUCAGAAACUGUGCUAACGGCUGCCAAUGAGUGUGUUGGUGUUCUGCUGGGCAGCAUGGACCCCAGCAUGGCGAUUCACUGUGAGAUGGUCAUUACGUAUGGCUUGGAUCAGCUGGAGAACUGCCACAUGUCCUGCACCGAUUACAUCAUCUCGGUGCUGCACCUGCUUACCUUGAUCGUUGAACAGAUUAACACAAAACUACCAGCAACGUUUGUGGAGAGGCUUUUUGUCCCAGACUCCAAACUGCUUGCACUACGGUAUCAUAAAGAGAAAGAGGUUAUUGGAGCAGCACAAACCGUAUAUCAAGCAGUAUUGUCUCUCAAGAACAUCCCUGUCCUGGAAACCGCAUACAAACUGAUUUUGGGAGAAAUGACAUGCGCUUUGAACAACCUUUUGAAUUGCUUACAACUUCCCGAGGCAUGUUGCGAAAUCCAACACGACGCUUUCAAGAACCAUACCUUCAGCGUGGACAAUGCAAAGUUUGUUUUUAUAUAUGACCUUAGUGUCUUGACAACCAUUGGAAAUGCAAAAAAUUCACUGAUUGGCAUGUGGGCGCUUUCUCCCACUGUGUUUGCAUUGCUGAGUAAGAACUUAAUGAUUGUCCAUGAUGACAUAGCCAUCCACUAUCCAGCUGUACAGUAUGCAGUUCUCUACACAUUAUAUUCUCACUGUACUAGACAUGAUCACUUCAUUUCCAGCAGCCUCAGUUCCUCGUCACCCUCAUUAUUUGAUGGAGCCGUGAUAAGUACAGUUACCACUGCUACAAAGAAACAUUUCUCGGUCAUCCUAAACCUUGUGGGGAUACUGCUCAAGAAAGAUAACCUCAGCCAAGAUGCAAGGAAACUCCUAAUGACAUGGGCUUUGGAAGUUGCUACCUUGAUGAAGAAAUCCGACACGUAUGCACCAUUAUUCGCCUUGUCGCCUUUCUACACAUUCUGCAAGGGACUCCUGGCAAAUACGCUUUCUGAAGAUGUGGCCAUCAGCCUCCAGGCUUGUAACAGCCUCUAUAUGUUGUCCUCUUCUUUACCAGAAGACCUUUUGAAGCGCUGCGUGGACGUGUGUCGUGUUCAGCUUGUGUCCAUCAGCACAAGAGUCAGACAAGCUUUUGGAAAACUUCUGAAGUCGAUCCCCCUCGAUAUUGUCUUGAGCAACACCGACCACACAGAAAUGCAAGAAAUCUCCUCUGCCAUAAGAAACCAUAUGAGCAAAUCUCCCAGCAACACUUUCCAUCAACAAGACUUCUCUGAUGUCAUGAGUUUUAUUCUGUAUGGGAGCUCUCAUAGAACUGGAAAGGAUAAUUGGUUGGAGAGGUUGUUCUAUAGCUGCCAACGAUUGGAUAAACGUGACGCUUCGCCCGUCCCUCGCAACCUGCUAAGGACAGAAGCUCUGCUGUGGCAGUGGGCAGCGUGGGAAGCGGCUCAGUUCACGGUACUAUCCAAGCUGAGGACACCCCUUGGAAGAGCCCAAGACACGUUCCAAACAAUUGAAGGCAUUAUCCGAAGCCUGGCAGCGCACACUUUGAAUCCAGAUCAAGAUGUUGCUCAGUGGACUACUGCAGACAACGAUGAGGGGCAUGGGAAUAACCAGAUGAGGCUAGUCCUUCUCCUGCAGUACCUGGAGAACUUGGACAAGUUGAUGUACAAUGCUUAUGAAGGAUGUGCCAAUGCAUUAACCUCGCCACCCAAGGUAAUCAGAACGUUUUUCUACACCAACCGUCAAACGUGCCAGGACUGGCUGACGCGGAUAAGAAUUGCCAUCAUGCGUGUAGGGCUACUGGCUGGCCAACCUGCCGUAACAGUCCGACAUGGCUUCGACUUGCUUUCUGAAAUGAAGAACAGCGCAAAUCAGGGAACUGAAUUUGAGUUGACUGUGAUGAUGGUGGUUGAAGCCCUGUGUGAACUUCAGUGCCCAGAAGCUAUUCAGGGACUUGCUGUGUGGUCAUCAGCUGUUGUUGGAAGAAGCCUCUCAUGGAUCAGUUCUGUUGCUUUGCAAGCUGAUGGGAGAUUUGAGAAGGCAGCGAUUGAGUAUCAGGAACACUUGUGUGCCAUGACCGGUGCAGACUGCAGCACCCCGGGGUUUGAUAAAUCGGUUUUGAAGCUGGCAAAUUCCAGCGGUAACUCUGCGAGCCCAAAACAUUUGAAUGGUGAUUCUCGGAAAACUGUUCUAACCAAACCCUGUGAUGCUCUGCCGGAAGUGGUCAGCUUCCUGGGUAACAAAGCCUGUGAAUGCUACAUUUCUAUUGCCGACUGGGCUUCUGUUCAGGAGUGGCAGAACACCAUGCAGAACUUGAAAGGUUCAUCAGGCACCUCUAUAAACCUAAAGGCAGACUUUAACUACAUAAAAGCUCUAAGCAGUUUUGAGUCUGUAGAGUUCCUAGAAUGCACCGAGCAACUGGAAUUACUACCAGGUGAAAACUUAAAUUUUGUUUCUGGAGGAUCGAAAGAAAAAAUAGAUAUGAAGAAGCUUCUCCCCAGUUUCCUUAGCCCUGAUCCCAGGGAACUCCAGAAAUGUAUCGAGGUUCAGCUGCUGAGAAGUUCAGUGUAUUUGAAUUUUGCCGUCGGUGAAGAGGAUCAAGAACAAAAAUGGCACCUCACAGUGGAACAUCUUGCAAAGUACCUGAAGCAGACAGCACGGAUAGCGAUGGGACCCAUCAGGCUUUCUACAGUGACCAUAUCCCAAUGUUUGCCAUUACUGGGAGCGCUGCAGUUAUACUGCUCGUCUGCGUUAGAGAGCACGGUGUCCAGUAAGCUGUCAUCAGAGGAUUGUCUGAUCCCCCUUUACAGUGAAGCUUUGCGUUCCUGCAAACAGCAGGAUGUGAGACCGUGGAUUCAUGCCCUGAGAUACACCGCGUUCCAGAACCAUCUGACCGAUAAACUCAAAGAUCAAACCUUGUCAGUAAAAAGUCACCUAAUGGAGUUGGGGUUAACAGCGGCCAAGUGUGCCCGCAAGUGUGGAAAUGUAACCCUUGCUGCCAGAUUACUAGCCCAGUGCAGCGACAUCCACCUUACGCAAGUUACCGGCGCGCAGGAUUUAGUCAAUCACUUCAAAAAGCUUUCUCUCCAUGGACAAAUGGAUGAGAAAUGGGGGCCCGAACUUGAUAUUGAAAAGGCUAAACUGCUCUAUGCAGCAGGCCAGUCUACCCACGCCAUGGAAAUGUUGAGUUCUUGCGCCAUUUCCUUUUGUAAAUCGGCAAAAGCGGAGUACGCCGUGGCAAAGUCCAUCCUUACGCUUUCCAAAUGGAUCCAAGCUGACUGGAAAGAGAUUUCCGGGCAGAUGAAGCAAGUCUACCGAGCACGACAGCAAUCCAAUAUCACCGGACUUUCUACGUUAGCUAAAAACGUGCACGUGUUGAUCGACCUACCUCCUGUAAAUGCCACGGAAGAGGAGUAUCCGCGGAUCGAAAGUGAAUCUACAGUGAGCAUCGGUGUGGGAGAGCCUGACUUUGUACUGGGCCAACUGUAUCACUUAUCUUCUGUACAAGCCCCCGAUGUAGCCAAGUCCUGGGCGUCUCUGGCUAGUUGGGCUUACAGAUGGGGAAGGAAAGUGGUGGAUAAUGCUAGUCAAGGGGAAGGUGUGAAAUUAUUACUGAGGGAGAAAGCUGAAGUACAGAGCCUGCUACCAGACAAUGUUUCCGAAGAAGACAAGGAAAAAAUAUACAGUAUUCUUGGGCAAGCGAUGUGCCGGCCUGCUGGAAUCCAGGAUGAAGAUAUGUCCCUUCAAAUCGCCGAGAAUGAGGAUAGUGAUGAAAACGACACUGUAGAUGUCAUCUGGAGACAGCUGUUGUCAAGCUGCCCGUGGCUGGUAGACCUGGAUGAAGCCGCUUCAGAUGGACUCAUCAGACUGUGGCGGAAAGUUGUGGACAGAAUCUUCAGCCUGUACAAAUUAUCCUGCAGCGCGUAUUUCACCUUCCUGAAACUGAACGCUGGACGGGUUUGUCUUGAUGAAGAUGACCCCAGAAUACACUUGAAUAACUCUUCCAAGCAAAGCAGUGAUGAUGUCAUUGUGAUGGCGACGUUACGGCUGCUAAGGCUCCUCGUCAAACAUGCUGGAGAACUUCGGCAGUAUCUGGAGCAGGGUCUGGAGACCACGCCCACCGCUCCAUGGAGAGGUAUAAUCCCUCAGCUGUUCUCUCGUCUCAAUCAUCCCGAAGUAUACGUUCGCCAGAGCAUCUGUAACUUACUGUGUCGUGUGGCCCAUGACUCUCCGUAUCUCAUCCUGUAUCCUGCUAUUGUUGGGAGCAUCUCCCUUAGCAACGAGUCGCAGUCCUCAGGAACCAAGUUGUCCUCGGCAAUCCCCACGUUAUUUGGUAAUAUUCAGGAUGAUGAGUUGAUGGGAGGUGAAUGUGACGAUGGAAGCCUUCCAGCUUCACAAGAGAGCAACAGGGAUGAACAACCAAAAAAUGCUCUCAAUGAGAACCAAGCUAUGAUGCAGGAUUGUUACAGCAAAAUUGUGGACAAGCUGUCUUCUGCCAACCCCACAAUGGUGCUGCAGGUUCAGAUGCUGGUGGCUGAGCUGAGACGGGUCACUGUACUUUGGGAUGAGCUGUGGCUUGGGGUCUUAUUACAACAGCACAUGUAUGUUCUCCGGCGUAUACAGCAACUGGAAGACGAAGUCAAGAGAGUGCAGAGCAACAACACCCUUCGCAAAGAGGAAAAGACGGCAAUUAUGCGUGAGAAGCACACGGCACUGAUGAAGCCCAUCGUGUUUGCCCUGGAGCAUGUCUGUAGCAUCACUUCCGCUCCUGCAGAAACUCCGCACGAAAAGUGGUUUCAAGACAACUAUGGAGAGGCCAUUGAAAAUGCCUUGGAAAAACUCAGAAAUCCAUCAAACCCUGCCAAUCCUGGGAAUAGCUGGAUGCCAUUCAAACAGGUUAUGUUAAGCCUACAACAGCGAGCGCAGAAGCGAGCCAGUUACUUGCUACGCCUGGAAGAAAUCAGUCCGUGCCUUGCCACCAUGACCAACACGGAAAUUGCUCUUCCGGGGGAGGUAUCUGACAGAGACACCGUGACAAUUCACAGCGUGGGGAGUACUAUAACUAUACUGCCUACCAAAACAAAACCCAAAAAGUUCAUCUUCAUGGGCUCUGACGGCAAAAGCUACCCCUAUCUGUUCAAAGGAUUAGAAGACUUGCACCUUGAUGAAAGGAUUAUGCAGUUUCUGUCUAUCGUGAACACCAUGUUUGCCACCAUAAACUGCCAAGAGUCGCCACAUUUUCACGCCAGGCACUAUUCGGUCACGCCGCUGGGCACUCGCUCUGGGCUUAUUCAGUGGGUUGAUGGAGCCACUCCUCUGUUCGGCCUUUACAAACGGUGGCAGCAAAGGGAGGCAGCGUUGCAAGCACAGAAGGCUCAAGAUUCGUACCAGACCCCCCAGAAUCCAGCAAUGGUGCCUCGUCCCAGCGAGCUUUAUUACAGUAAAAUCAGUCCUGCUCUAAAGGCAGUAGGGCUGAGUCUGGAUGUAUCGCGUCGGGACUGGCCUCUUAACGUCAUGAAAUCGGUGCUGGAAGAGCUGAUGGAAGCCACACCACCAAACCUUCUCGCCAAAGAGCUGUGGUGUUCAUGCGCCACCCCAGAUGAGUGGUGGAGAGUGACGCAGUCCUAUGCCAGAUCCACAGCUGUGAUGUCAAUGGUUGGCUAUAUCAUUGGUCUUGGAGAUAGGCACUUGGACAAUGUUCUCAUUGAUAUGACAACAGGAGAGGUGGUCCACAUAGAUUACAAUGUCUGUUUUGAAAAGGGCAAGAGUCUCCGUGUUCCAGAGAAGGUCCCAUUUCGAAUGACGCAAAAUAUUGAGAGUGCAUUAGGAGUGACUGGAGUGGAAGGAGUUUUCCGUCUGUCUUGUGAGCAGGUUCUUCAUAUUAUGAGACGUGGUAGAGAAACCCUGCUUACAUUGCUGGAGGCCUUUGUAUAUGAUCCCCUUGUGGACUGGACGGCUGGUGGAGAGGCUGGCUUUGCGGGCGCUGUCUAUGGUGGAGGUGGCCAGCAAGCCGAAAACAAACAAAGCAAACGAGAGAUGGAGAGAGAGAUCACCCAGAGCCUCUUUUCUUCCAGAGUAGCAGAAAUAAAGGUGAACUGGUUCAAGAACAAGGAUGAGAUGCUCAAUGUUCUUCCUAAGCUGGACGGCAAUUUAGAAGAAUAUCUUAACUUGCAUGAGGAGCUGACUGAUGUGGAGAAGCUGCAGACAAAGCUCGUUGAAGAGAUGGGCUUCUUGGAAGAGGCUGAAGUCCCAGACCAUCCUGCACAUACGCUGCAACACAGAUAUUCUGAGCACACUCAGUUGCAGACUCAGCAGAGAGCAGUCCAGGAAGCCAUCCAAGUGAAGCUGAAUGAGUUUGAGCAAUGGAUGACUCAGUAUCAGGCGGCCUUCAGUAACUUAGAAGCAACUCAACUGGCUGGCCUGCUUCAGGAGAUAAGCAGCCAAAUGGACUUGGGUCCUCCUAGCUAUGUCCCAGCCACAGCGUUUCUCCAGAAUGCUGGCCAGGCGCACCUCAUCGCACAGUGUGAGCAGUACGAAGGAGAGGUGGGUGCCUUAUUGCAGCAAAGGAGAUCCAUUCUGCGGGGCUGUCUUGAGCACCUGCACAAUUACGCGACCGUGGCCCUUCUCUACCCAAAAGCCGUGUUCCAGAAGCAUAGAAUCGAGCAGUGGAAGACCUGGAUGGAGGAGCUUAUUUGCAAUAUGACAGUCGAGCAGUGCCAGGACUUGUACAGAAAGUAUGAAAUGCAGUAUGCCCCCCAGCCGCCUCAAACUGUGUGUCAGUUCAUAUCAGCGACAGAGAUGGCGCUGCAGCGUUAUGCUGCGGACACCAAUAACCGCCUGCUGAGGCAGGUAGAACGGCUGAAACAAGAAGCCGUCUCGGUGCCGGUGUGCGAGGAGCAGUUAAAAGAAAUUGAGCGUUGCAUCAAAGUGUUUCUCCAUGAAAACGGGGAGGAGGGUUCCUUGAGUCUGGCCUGUGUUGUCAUCUCUGCUCUGUGCACUUUAACAAGGCGCAAUCUGAUGAUGGAGGGGGCAGCAUCCAGUGCCGGGGAGCAGCUGGUGGAUCUUACGUCUAGAGAUGGAGCCUGGUUCUUGGAGGAGCUUUGUAGCAUGAGUGGAAACGUCACGUGUCUGGUACAGCUGCUGAUGCAGUGCCAGCUUAUUCCUCAGGAUCUGGAUAUCCCCAAUCCCAUGGAGGCAUCUGAAGCUGUACAUCUGGCUAAUGCCGUGUACACCUCUCUUCAGGAAUUAAACUCCAAUUUCCGUCAGAUCAUUUUUCCUGAGGCCAUUCGCUGUUUGAUGAAAGCAGAGCAGACUCUGGAAAACAUGUUGCAGGAACUGGACAAUCUCAUUGAGCAAACCACAGACGGGACCCCGCUGCAGACGCUAAUUGAUUCACUCCAGGCUUAUCUGCGCAACACCGCCAUGGGUGUGGAAGAUGAGGCCAAUGUUCAUUACAUUGAUGUUGCGAGGUCGCUUCACUCUCAGUAUGGGGAUUUAAUCCAACCCAGGAAUGGUUCAAUUGACGAUACUCCAAAAAUGACAGCUGGCCAGAUGUUGCUGGUUGCGUUUGAUGGGAUGUUUGCUCAAGUUGAAACAGCGUUUGGCUUACUAAUUGAAAAGUUAAAAAAGAUGGAGGUCCCUCCGGCCUGGAGAAAAGUUGACAUUAUCCGGGAAGCUCGCAGUACUCAAGUUAACUUCUUUGCGGAUGAUGAGCUUCAGCGGGUUUUGGAUGAAAUAUUUUUCCUGAAGAGACUGCAGACUAUUCGAGAAUUCUUCAGACUGUGUGGCAUAUUUUCUCAGACUUUGUCUGGAAAAUGUCCGGUCGAUGAUCAAAAUGCCGCCAAUGGUCCAGUGCAGUUGAUGAAUGUUAAAACAAUGUAUAGAAACUCUUGUUUCAGCGAAGACCAAAUGUCAAAACCGAUCAAGGCUUUCACUGCUGACUUUGUUAGGCAGCUGCUAAUUGGUCUUCCAACACAGGCUUUGGGAUUAACCCUUUGCAGCUUCAUCAGUGCCCUAGGGGUAGAUGUUAUCGCCCAAGUCGAAGCCAAGGACUUUGGGGCAGAAAGCAAGGUGUCUGUUGACGAUCUCUGCAAAAAGGCCGUGGAGCAUAACAUUCAGACGACCAGGUUUUCCCAGCUAGUAAUGAACAGGGCUACGGUCCUUGCCAGUUCUUACGACACUGCGUGGAAGAAGCAAGACUUGGUCCGCCGUCUUGAAACGAACAUUGCGUCUUGCAAAACCAGCCUGCAGCGAGUGCAGCUGCAUAUUGCUAUGUUUCAGUGGCAGCACGAAGACUUCCUUAUCAGCCGACCCCCAACAAUAUCUGUUACUCCUCCGCCUCGCUCUGCCAUACUAGCGAGCAUGAAGAAAAAGCUGCAUACGCUCGGGCAAAUCGACUCUUCUAUUGCAGCAGUGCAGGACAAACUAGCCACUUUAGAGGCGAGCAUUGAGCAACGUUUGAAAUGGGCUGGAGGUGCGAAUCCUGCUUUGACGCCGGUCCUCCAAGAUUUUGAGACCACUAUUGCCGAGAGACGGAGUUUUAUAUUAAAGGAAAGCCAAAGAACAAACCAGGUCACUUUCCUGUGCAGCACCAUCAUUCACUUUGAAAGCCUGCGCACCCGUACAGCCGAGGCCAUCAGCCUGGAUUCUGGGUUAUUCGAACUGAUCAAGAGAUGCCAGCAGAUGUGCUCCUUUGCCUCCCAGUUCAACAGCUCUGUCUCGGAACUUGAGCUACGUUUACUGUCAAGAGUGGGGCACAGCGAGAACGCCAUUGGGACCCCCGAAUGGUUGGUUUCUGCACACAAGCAGCUCAGUCAGGAGAUGUCAAAUCAAAGGAUCCUCCAGGGUGAGAAGGAGCAGCAGAUCGAAGCCGUGUGCGAAACCAUACAGAACCUGGUGGACUGCAUCAAGACCGUGUUAACUGGUCACAACAGGCAGCUUGGGGAUGUCAAGCAUCUUCUUAAAGCCAUGGCAAAGGAUGAAGAAGCAGCCAUGGCUGACGGUGAAGAUGUGCCCUACGAGAACAGCGUCAGGCAGUUUUUGGGCGAGUACAAAUCAUGGCAGGACAACAUUCAGACCGUUCUGUUUACUUUAGUUCAGGUGCUGGGUCAGGUACGCAGCCAGGAGCACAUCGAAAUGCUGCAUGAGAUCACACCUACCCUGAAAGAGCUCAAAACACAAAGCCAGAGCAUUUAUAACAACCUGGUGGGGUUCGCAUCACCUUUGGUAACCGACGCAACAAAUGAGUGUUCAAGUCCAACAACAUCAUCUACGUAUCUGCCGAGUUUUGCAGCAGCGGUACGUAGCAAUGCUGUUCAGAAGCCCCAGACAGAGGGCAUGUCUCAGAACACAAAAAAGCCGAUUCAGAAGAACCUGGCACCGUCGGCAGAUACACCCCCCAGCACAGUCUCCACGAUUGGCAAGAGCGUCGUUUCCAGCCCGAAAAAGGCUGUCCGGGAUCCUAAAACUGGAAAAGCUGUGCAGGAGAGAAAUUCAUACGCAGUCAGUGUGUGGAAACGUGUCAAAGCAAAACUGGAGGGUAGAGAUGUGGACCCCAACAGAAGGAUGUCUGUUGCAGAGCAGGUGGACUUUGUGAUCAAGGAAGCAACAAACCUAGAUAACCUGGCUCAGCUGUAUGAGGGUUGGACAGCCUGGGUGUGAGAAAGAAGACGGCGUACCAGCCUGGUUCAGCGAAGUCAGAUAUACACCGGUAUCAACAACGUCUCAGGCAUCCAUGGCCGGGCCAAGGCCGGUGGCGAUGUAUACUGGGGCUUAAUAUGAGGUAACCUAGGAAAUCCUGGUGCGAUGGGCCAGGAAUCCCACCGGAAAGCUGCACUCAGAGGAAUGUUAAAACACCAAUGGGCAGCAGUCCCCGGGGCACAGAGUCAAAUGUUCACACGAUUGUCUUUCUGCUACGGAAGAACGGACAAUGCAUCCGAGAGGCAGCUGCAGAAAGAAAUUGGCAUCCUACAGACCGCAGAGUGACCUAGAACUCUACCAUGUGACCCUGCCAACCAUUGAGGAAAUGCAAGACCCUGUUCGAAGGGGGGGUGGGAUCUGGGGCCAUCACGAAUUUGGAGUGGAGAAGAUGCCUUCGGUUUCUUGGGGUUACUCUUAUUGCUCGGCAGCAGCGCUGGUUGAGUAGACCAGAAAACGCAAAAAAGAGGCAAAAGGGAUGAAGCAUGGCCUUUGCAAUUAGCUGAAAACAAGCGGCCAAAGAACAGAAGUGCAAAGUUGGAUGGACUUCUGAAAAGAAGAAGAAUAAAGCCUUGUUCUCCGUUCUUUCUUUUUCUUUCCUUAAAUUCUUGUAGUUUUAGAAAUACUUGUUUGUUUUUCAGUUUUCGUACUUCAUGCUGUAGGCAUUCUUUGCAGCUUCGUUUCUGUUUGAUAGUUCAGUAUCUGAGUACAUUAAAACCCCCGACGCAUUCACCGGCCACCUUGAAACCUUUUGGUAACCAACACGGCAUUGUUGCGUUGGGUAAGGUUCCGGCGUCUCUUCGCACCGUGCAUUUAGCCGAACCGUACCAAGCAGCUAGUUUUAGUAAGCCGCCACAAAUCACAUCUAACGGAAGUCCUUCCUCUACUUCUUAUUUUUGGUCAAAAGUAACUAACCUGUUGUAAGCAAACCAUUUUUCCCCUCUCUUUGACCAAUAUGGAUUAACUAGUGGAGUUUUACAUUGUUGCUGACAAACAAUAAAGUGAUGUUCUGGUGGAGGUUGAGUGAAAUAGUGUUUAAUUCACGUUUUGAAUGAAAUGCUUUGUUUUACACUAGUGAUUUUUUUUUCUUCAGCUGGAUUUUAAAUACACACACCCCAUAUAAAUCUGAAAUGUUUAUUUUAUUAUUAUUUUUGAGGCCUUGCAGUAAUAAUCUCUUGUGAAUAAGGGAGUAUUUAGCAGGGGUUUCUUUAAAAAAAAUAAAACCCCUCGCUGUAAGAGUUCAAAAACCGUAAAUUUAAGAUUUCCAAAUUCUAGAUUUUUUUUUUCUGUUUGUUCCAUACAUUCUCAUUUAUGUAAAUGCUUAUCACUGUGUUGGCCUCUGACGAUACGUACUUUCUCGUAAACGUCGUAUGUAACGUAUCCUUUACCGCAAAGUUAGGUCAUACCAAGAGCACAUAUCGUCUGAUAAAUAAAAUUUGUAAUUCAACCAGCAUUCGACAUUAGAACGAUUUUAACCCGAACUUAUACCAGCAAUGUUUUGAAUGAGCAAAAAAAAAAACCUUAAUGUGCUUGCUGCUUCUUAAUCCUUCUGAUGGUGCGAGGGCCGCCAGCGGCUCUCUCUCUGGCAAUAGAAGGGCUUAAGAGUCGUAAAUGAAUGCGUAAAACGUUUUGAAAUGUAAAAGUAUUAAAACUGCAAUUAGUACAAAAUUCUGAAAGUGUACUAUUUGCAACCGGAGUGUAUUUUGGGUUUGUAUUAGAAUGGGUCUCGUUAACUCUGAUUGGCUGGCUAAGAGUCUUUAAGUAUUGAGCUAUGCAUGCCUGUUUUGUGUAUUAAUGAACAGACAAUGCUAAAAAAAAAAAAGUUAUGUUGAUGGUAAAGCUUUGUAUAUCAGAACUUAAUGUGAAGGAAUUACACUUUUUUUGUCCCAAAUUUUACUUAUAACUAAUUCUUAUGAAGAGGUUAAAAAAAAAGUUAGAAAAAGUCUGCGUUAUACAACCAUUUCUUAUAAAAAAAUGUUUAAAUGAAUGCACUUCACAGAAACACCUGUAAUUAUAUUUCUGCUUUCAAAUACAAAGGUCUAUAAGAAAUCAAAUUCUUAAUUGUUUCAAUAAAAUGACAUACUUUACUGUA